AUGCUUUCUAAGCGGGCGUACAGUACUUACUUGGAAACAGAGGAGUUUCUGAUGAAGUCGUUUAAGGAGUGUUUAGUCAACCCUUUCUGCAAGUUUGAAAACAAGAAUGGAAUAGUGAAUAUGGGAACUGCAGUUAAUCAACUUUGUGAAGAUAUUCUCACAGAGAGGAUCAAUCAGGAGAAUAUGUUUAACCAUACUGGUGAAUAUCAGCAUUAUUUUGGACUAACUGGAACUCCGGACUUCUUGCAAGCUUUGGCAGAUUUCUACACUAGGAAGCUGGGCCAAGGGGAGAGAGUAGACUGUGAGAAUAUGAGGGUUGUCAACGGUGUGACCUCAGCUUUGGAAGCUAUAGCUUGGACGAUCUGUGAUCCUGAGGAUAUUAUUCUGGUUCCUACACCAACAUAUGCAAGAUUCUUUGCUGAUAUGAAGGAGAGGAUGAGGGCAAAGGUUGUCGGUGUAAACCUAUCUGCGGCAGAUGGAUUUUGCCUGCGGCCUCAGCUACUAGAGGAUGAAAUAUUGAAGAGACAGAUGAAAGGAGAACGAGUGAGAGGAAUUAUAUUCUGUAACCCGCAGAAUCCCCUUGGCCAGGUGUACUCCAGAGAAUUAGUACAUGAGAUAAUGCGCGUGUGUAGUAAGCAUGGCGUACACAUUAUAUCAGAUGAAAUCUAUGCAAUGUCAGUUUUUGAUGGAACACAGUUUAACAGUGUUCUAAGUUUUACCAAGGAAGAGAUUCCUAAUCCUGAUCUUGUUCAUCAUCUCUGGGGGUUCAGUAAGGAUUUUGGAAUAGCUGGAUUUCGAGUUGGAGCGAUUCACUCUUUAAAUCAGGAUCUGAUUCGCACUAUUGACGCAAUGGGGAUAUUUACUUCCGUUUCAGCACAUAUCCAACAG